CCACACCACUUUGAAAUUCCAAGGAAAUCUUAAUGUGAAGCAGAGGCGGCGUUUCUUGCCCUGCCUCCUCAGCUCCAGCUGCCGAGCAGAGCCAUGUUUUGAGUGACAGUGUGAUUGCACCUCUGAGGAAUGCAUCGUGUGGGGAUAGUGCUGUUUUGGCUUGUCUUGUUGAGUUGCUUGUCCAGCACGGCGCUGUCAGCACGAACAGGCAAGAGCAAACAGCAGUCAAAGACAAGGGAUGAAGUUGCUGGCCCCCGGGAGCAUGCUGGAGCAAAGGACGCUGGAGUACGAGAAGCUGGAGGAGCUUCUGAGACUGACUUCUUGGCUGACUUUGCAGGGAAAAAGCGCUUAUGGGUGAUCACCGCCCCAUCCUACAGCGAUAACUACUUACGCAUGAUGGAGAACCAGAUCCAGGAGUCUGAAGGGUUGAACUGUAGAUUAGCAGAGAGAGACACUCUCAUUGUGACCAUUAUUCAGAAUGCAAUGAUGGAAGGCAAAAUCAAGCAUACAACGAUGGAGGGACAAGCCACUGAGCAAGCUCUGGAUUCAGACAUGGUGACAAAACUGCUACAUUACUUGGAGCUGGCACACCAGACCUUCUCCAUGUUAAUCCUGAAGAAGAACCUGAAGGUUGGUGAGAAAUUUCCUUACCCAGUGCGCGUGGAAGCUGUUCUGGAAGUUAUCGAUAACCUUCCUGCACGCAAGCUGGAGAGAGUGGCAAGGAAGGGGUCACUUCAGAGGUGCAAGAUUACUAAGAAGAGGUUAGUAGUGAAGCAGAAUGGUGGUAAGAAGAGAAGAAUCUUCAGCUCUCAGAAACAGGGGAACGUUACAUCCAUCCUUAAUUCACAGCGACAAAAUGUGGACAAGAAAGCAGCCAUUAGGAGCAAGGUUCAGGAUAUUCUCAGCGGUCGCUCCAGGUUUGUCAUCCGUAAAACCGCAGCGAGUCCUGCAGGCAGCAAGGUAACCUCGACCCCCAAAACUGGGGCAAAUGAGGAGGUGAAGCUCGAGCAUGACAGUGGAACAGAACACACUGAAGACGCAGGAGAAAAGACAGCGAUGAGAGUGGAGAAUAAAUACAAUGAUAAAGAGAACGACAAAACAAGUUCAACCACAGAGGUGAAAGGAGAGCAAACGGGUGACCCAGCCAAACAGAAAAGCAAAGGAAAGAAGGAUAAGGAAGAGAAGAAGAAGAAGAAGAAGAAGGGCAAAAGAGGAGGGAAGAAGUCGCAACGAGAGGCAAACAGUAAAGAAAAAACAGCUCUCAAAGAGUUUAUGGAAAAGCUCAAGGGUCAAAGAAGACUUCUUGUAAUUUCUUCCCCCAGUGAGGUCUCGAGUCAGUAUAUCCAACAGAGAGAUGAUAACGAGCUGCACAGCUGUGACCUGGUUUUACGGAAAAUUACAGUGCUGUCCAUCCUGGGCUCAGAGCAAAGCCCUACACUGCGACUACAACACUAUCAGCAAGAUGGAGUUCCUCGACUCGCCUUGCUCCCAGACAGCAUCAAAAAUCCUGACCUGAUCAGUCAAAUCCGCAAAGAAUACGGGCUCCACUGGCAGGAAUUCUCCAUGGCCGUGACGGACUAUGACCUGAGACCUAACCUUGGGAAGGUGUUUCAUUCACUGACAUCCCCAUCAGCUAUAAUAAAUUACAUCGACACCUUCCAGUCUCGGAGGGUGGAGAAAGCAGCAGAGAAGGACACUCCCUCGCCCUGUUCUCCGUCGGAGGCUAGUAAUCAGGCGGAGAACUCCCUGCUCAGAUUUAUGUCCAAAAGAAGACUUUUGAUCAUCUCUGCACCAACUGAGGAUGACUAUUCCUUUCAUCAGCAGAUUCAAGCUAUUAAUGGACAAGAGUGUCAUAUGGGUAUCCGUCACUUCGCUUUGCUGAAACUUGUAGGAAAAGGACCAAAGGCUUCAGGGACUGUUGAGCUAUUUCCACUGAAUGGCAAAAGUCAGACUGAAAAAGAAGUGCUGUCUCCAGAUGUGGUGAGCAAUCUGAGAGACCAGCUGAAGAUCACUACGGACUACUUCAGCAUGCUGGUGGUGGGGAAGGACGGUGAAGUGAAAGCCUGGUAUCCAACAUCAAUGUGGACUUUGUCUAAUAUCUAUGACUUGGUGGACUCUAUGGAACUACGUCAGCAGGAACAGAAGCUUCAGAACACCCUCGGUAUUCACUGCCCCGAAGACAGCGGCGGUGCCGGGGAAGGUACUUACCAUGGAUAUACGAGACACACCGAGGACUAUCUGUACCAUCAAUCAGAGGACUGACGGGAAAAGCACAUUCGCAGACAUCAUGAGGAAGUGCUAGGUUCUAAGUGAAAUAUAAAAUGGGAAAAUCUAUUUGAUAUUUGUAUAUACAGUACAUAUCCAUUGCAACACUGAAACGUAUUGCUUGCUUCCGACUUAUUAUAGGCUGAAUUAUUUGAAACAUCACCUAUCUCAUUAUUUCAUCUCUAAAACUGUUCUGCCUAAAAACCAUGUAGAACUGUUAUAUGCUGCUAUCACAAUAUAAACUGUAUGUGUA